GGUUUCGGAUGGUGUUGGCUGUGAGGGGAAAGUGAGAACUGCAGAUGCUGGACCUUAGAGUCGAGAGUGUGUUGCUGGAAAAGCACAACAGGUCAGGGCAGCAUCCGAGGGGCAGGAAAAUCGACGAUUCGGGCGUAAGCCUUUCAUCAGGAAUGGUUGUGGUUCAUCAAAGCCGUUGUUGGUGCGUUGUUCUGGGAUUUUGAUCUUGUGACCAGGGCCCUGAAAAGGAAUUUGACCCGGUGUAUCUGAAUCUGUUUUAGGAUCUUCGUUAAGAGUCAGAAGGGCUCACUGUCCGGAAAUUCUCUCUCCAGUUUGUGAGAAGUCUAUCUUCGGAGUCUGUGGAGGAGCUUCUCCCCCUUCCCACAAAAAGAGAUAGGACGAAGAUUUAAACCGAUUCCUGAGAAACAAUCAUGUCUGCGACGAGCAGCAGUCCUCAGGAAGUGGAUACAGAUGAUUGUUUGUUGAACUAUUCCUAUAUAUUCAGAGAUGACAUGCUGAAGGACAAAGUGGCAUUCAUCACUGGAGGAGGGUCUGGCAUUGGAUUCCGAAUUGCAGAGAUACUGAUGAGGCAUGGAUGUCAGACUGUUAUUGCGAGCAGGAGCUUGGAGCGAGUACAGGCAUCUGCAAAGAAACUCUCAGCAGCCACUGGACAACGAUGUCUGCCAGUCUCAUUGGAUGUCAGGCAACCUGUUACCAUCAAUGCUGCUGUGGAGGACACGCUUCAGAAAUUUGCAAAAAUUGAUAUCUUGAUUAAUGGUGCAGCAGGUAACUUCCUAUGUCCUGCCAGUGGCCUGUCAUUCAACGCUUUCAAAACUGUCCUGGAGAUAGAUACAAUUGGAACCUUUAACACCAGCAAAGUCUUGUACCAGAAGUGGUUCAAGGAACAUGGAGGAAUCAUUGUGAAUAUUACAGCUACGCUGAGCUACCGAGGACAAAUUCUGCAGGUCCACGCUGGUUCUGCCAAAGCUGCUAUAGAUGCAAUGACAAGACAUCUAGCAGCAGAAUGGGGACCUGAUAACAUUCGCAUUAAUAGUCUGGCACCAGGACCCACAUCUGGAACUGAAGGCUUUCGGAAAUUGGGUGGUUUGACAAAGGCUGCGGCAAGCCUGGAUAAACUUAUUCCGCUACAACGAUUUGGGACAAAGUCAGAAAUAGCCCACGGUGUGCUUUAUCUUGUAAGCCCGGCAGCAUCAUAUGUGACUGGCACAACACUCGUAAUUGAUGGUGGACAUUGGCUUACAGGAGCCAACAACCUGUCAAUGAUGGAGGUGCUCCUGCAAAAAUCAGCCAGACUGUAAAUGCUGUAGAGGUGGAUGAUGUUUGUUUCUAAAGAGAAUUGAUCAAUACUGUGAAGGUUUUCCUUAUUAAUAAAAUAAUACAGUAACAGUA